CGGAGCGUCCCGCAGCUGCUCCACUCUGAGCCGCAUCCCGAACCCCGCAGCCGCAUCCGGAGCAGCGCAGCGGCGGAACCGCGGAGUCAUGAACCAGAGCGCCGGAGCCGCGCAGCAAACCCGGAGCUUCUCCCUGGACGAGAAGCAGGACAUCGGGCCGAUCGGACCCGACCGGAACUGGAAGGGUAUCGGCAUCUCGCUGCUGGUCAUCAUGGCCGUCCUCUCCUGCAUCGGCGUCUCCAUCGUCCUGCUGUCUCCAGAUGGGUCCGGUAAGCCGCUGAUCGCGCCGCUGGCUCUGGAUGACCUUUUCCAGAGGAGCUUCCAGAUCCACGAUCCGCAGGCAAAAUGGAUCAGCGCGCAGGAAGUCGUCUACCGCGGCUGGAACGGAGACGUUUUCAAACUCGACGUCUACAGCGACGAGACGGAGCUGCUGCUGAAAAACUCAACGUUUGCAAUGUUUAAGGCUACUAAGUUUGCAGUUUCUCCAGACAAGAAGUUUGUUCUGCUGGGAUACGACGUCCAGCCGGUCUACAAGCAUUCCUUCCUGGCGUCCUUCCUGAUCUACGACCUGUCCACCAGGGAAGUGUGGGAGCUCAACCCGCCCGAGGUGUCAGACUCCGUCCUGCAGUUCGCCUCGUGGGGCGUUCAGGGCCAGCAGCUGCUCUACGUUUUUGAGAACAACAUCUACUACCAGGCCACCAGCCGGAGUUUCUCCUGGAGGCUGACCUCGUCCGGAGAGGAAGCUGCCAUUUUCAACGGCAUCGCAGACUGGCUUUACGAGGAGGAGGUGCUGGACUCCCCGGUGGCCCACUGGUGGUCCCCUGACGGCUCCAGGCUGGCCUACCUCACCAUCAACGACUCGCUGGUCCCCAGCAUGAUGCUGCCUCGCUUCACUGGCUCGCUCUACCCUCGAGGGAUGGAGUACCCUUACCCCAAGAUGGGGCAGAUCAAUCCCAGCGUCAGCCUCCACGUCGUCUCUUUAGACGGCAGCUCCACCUCCACCCAGAUCAGGCCUCCUGACAGCCUGGAGAACAGCGAUUUCUACGUCACCAUGGUGAAAUGGGUGACCCGGCAGAACCUGAGCGUCCGUUGGGUCAAUCGAGCUCAAAACAUGUCGAUUCUUUCUCUGUGUGACGCGUCGUCAGGCGCCUGCAUGACAAAACACGUGAUGACAUCAGAGGCGUGGCUGGACCGGCAGAACCAGGAUCCGCUGUUCUCCAGAGACUGCUCCACGUUCUUCAUCACCGCCGCCCAGCGUGAUGACGGCGAUGGCGUCUUCAGUCACAUCGUCAUGAUCUCCAGCCAGUCUGACGGGGAAAAGGUCAAAGUUCAGCAGCUGACCUCUGGAAGCUGGGACGUCUCUGAGGUCCUGUCCUACGACGAGAACUCCAGAUCAGUAUAUUUCCUGAGUUCAGAGGAAGGAUCAACUCAGCAGCACCUGUACAGGCUCUCUGUGCGGAAUGGUUUCCAUAAAGAAUGUCUGAGCUGCUCUCUGUUCAGACCUGAAUGCAACUUCUACCAGGCCGCCAUCGCUCCGGACAACCAGCAUGUUCUGCUCAGCUGUACAGGUCCAGGGAUUCCUCAGACGUCCGUCCACCGGCUGGACGACCUGAGCAAAUUUACAACUCUGGAAAGAAACGCAGAGCUGAGACGGGUUCUGACUAACAGAACGGUACCGAGGACGGACCGGAGAACCAUACAGAUAAAUAACUCUGGAUUGGUUCUGGAGCUGCUGGUUCCGUCGGACCUGGACGAAUCGACAGAGCAUCCGCUGUUACUCCUGCUAGACAGCGCCCCUGGUGGCCGGGUGGUGAGCGAGCGUUUUUCUCUGGGCUGGGAGUCGGUUCUGGUCAGCUCUGAUGGGGUCGUGGUCGCCCGUGUGGACGGGCGGGGCAGCGCCGGCCGGGGUCAGGACGUCCUGCAGGCCAUCUACCAGAACCUGGGGCAGGUGGACGUUCAGGACCAGAUCGCGGCGCUGCGCCGUCUGAUGAAGCUUCCCUACAUCGACCGCAGCCGAGUGGGAGUUUAUGGAAAGGCGUAUGGAGGCUUCCUGUCGUCUGUCCUCCUCCUGACCUUCAGCUCGGUGAUUAAAUGCGGUGUCGCUGUGGCUCCAGUUACCAACUGGAAACUCUGUGGAUCUGCCGGUUCUGAGCGAUUUUUUGGUUUUCCUGUGAAGGCGGAUCUGAACUACCAGCUGUCCAGUCUGAUCCGGGACUCCUCAGGGCCCGGUCCCCGGGACUUCCUGAUUGUCCACGGCACGGCCGAUGCCUCUGUCCACUUCCAGCAUUCAGCAGAGCUGAUCCAGCUGCUUUCAGCCCGAAACUUUAACUACACCCUGCAGAUCUUCCCAGAUGAAGGUCACCAUCUCGUCGGAGUGAAGAGUCAGAGAUACUUCCUGACUUCGCUGCUCAGUUUCUUCAGACGCUGUUUUGAGGAGGAGGCAGCUGUUGCCAUGGAGACGUCUAAAGAGGACGACUGAAGGGUCACGACCUUUUCACGUCACUUAAGACUUUCUGUCACAUUUAAAAGAAGAAGAAAACACCAGAAAUGAAAAAUAACCACCUCCUAACAUCUGCAACAGAACUUUAGCUCAUUAAUAUUAGUUAUUAUUACUUUUCAUUGUCAUUGUUAUCCUAUUGUUUUACUUAUUAUUAGUCAUUGUAAUUUAUUAUUGCUGGAUCAUCAGAACAUUCUGAUAGCAUUAGCCUCCAGAGAGCGCAGCUGGACUCUGAUGAUGUCAUCAAACUGCGACGCUGCUUCCUGCUGCAGAAAUUCUUUUGAAUAAAAUAUAUUUAACAUCAACAAA